CGUCCUUGCAGCCCAAGCGCCAAUCAGUUAAUAGGAAAUCGGAAGCGCGCGGAAGAGGAACGUCUGUGAAGGCUGCGUUGAUCGAAAACAAGCUAAGUUAGCAACGGUUAUUUGAACCAGUAAUCGCAACGGUACGAUAUAGUAAUUAAAAAUCACAGUCUGUAGUUUAUUUCCAGCGAAUGUAUGAUAACCGCUAGUGGUAACUGUUAGUCACCUAAGAGUCAUAGCUACAUUUAGAUAACAUUUGGCUUGAGAAACUAGCUUUAACGUUAUCCUAAAAGGUGGCUAGCUGAUGGUCAACAUACCUAAACGGCAAGCUAAAUUAGCUAACGUUAGCAAGCAAACGUCCAGUAGCAGUCCUGUGUUAGUAUUAUCAAGUAACAAGUCGUUAUCAACCUGAAGACACUACAUUUCGGUGACCGAGAGUGGACGUGUAAAAGUCGUCGUUUCCCAUAAUUAUCGCUACGGUUCCAUAUCAUUUAAUUAAAGAAAGGUGGAGAUAAUGCACCACGUCAAGAUCAAGACUGAAAGGCUAGAUUUAGAGGGGGCUUCAGCACGCAGCAGAUUGGAUGCUGUGUUAAAGGGACUGGUAGAGAGGAGUGAAAAUGAAAGGGAGCAAAAUGAGGGUGAUACUGGAAAAAUAUCAGCGGACUCGUUAAACAAGGAUUUGUCUCCAUCAUCUGCUGGAAAAAGGCCGUCAGCUCGAUUUCCACAGCACCGGAGGAAGAAGCGAAAAGAGAUGGAUGAGGGCAUACCAGAGAGCAAUCAACAUAAACAAAAUGCUUAUAUUAUUAAGUUGUUUGAUCGCAGUGUGGAUCUGGCUCAGUUCAACACCAGCACCCCACUGUAUCCUAUUUGCCGUGCCUGGAUGAGAAACAAUCCUUCUGUUCGAGUGCCACCUGCUUCCCCAAGCCCACCCCACAGCAUGGUGGAGGAUGAGCUUACAGACAUGAUCAAUGGUAAAGGUCAGAUUGUGUGCAGACUCCCUCCUCCAACCUCCUGUCCAGUCAGCACUUCUGGUGAACCCAUCAAUCUCAGGAUCCCACAGACUGAAAAACCCACUGUUACCAAGUUAACAGAUGCAGUUCCUGUAUCAGGUUCUCUCAUAUGUGACCACAUGGAACGUUGGAAAAAGAUAAGGCAAAAAUGGAAGGAGUGCUCUAACAAGAACCAGUUAAGAUACAGUGAGAGUAUCAAGGUCCUGAAGGAGAUGAAGGAGCUCUAUGAUCGCUAACCGGCUUGUUCUGUAGUUCUCCACCACAGAAUGGACUCUAUGCAGUUGGAAAGGAGCCAUGGCAUAGCAGUCAGUUUAAACACACCUGCCUACACAAUCUAAUAGGAAAGCAUGGACAGAACCUUGAGCCUUAAAUAGAACAUAAUGUCCUAUGCAUUGCAGAAAAUAAAUAAUUUGAUGGAUUUUUUAAUUUGCUGCAAUUGCAGGAAUGUGUUUCAAUGUGAUGGAGGACUGUUUUUAUUUGUAAAAAUUCUGUGUAGAUUUCUGAAUAAAUGAAUGAGUUUUCCAGACAAA